GCACGCUCCUGACGGUGUUGAGGGUCAGUCUGCUACUGAGGGAGUUUUUACAGCCGGAGAGGUCCCUAAGCACACAUGGGGUUGGAGCCGCGCUCCCCCCACAAGACGGGGCACCGGUUCCCAGCUGGUGGCAAACGGGGGCGCAGGGCCAAGGGCUCGGGGCGCCCCUCAGUAGGCCGCUCGCGGCAACCCCGGCAGCCUCCGGAUGGGCGUUCGGAGCCGGCUCCAGAUUCCCACCCCCACCUGAGCCCCGAAGCUCUGGGGUAUUUCCGUCGGGCGCUGUCCGCGCUAAAAGAGGCUCCCGAGACUGGAGAAGAACGAGAGUUGAUGGUGUGCAAUAUUUUGAAGGAAGUGGAGGCUCAGGCCCUAGCCUUGUCCAUGAACAGGACUGGCAGUGAGAUGCUGCAGGAACUGUUGGGAUUCAGUCCCUUGAAACCGCUCUGUAGAGUAUGGGCCGCUCUGCGCUCCAACUUGCGCUCUGUAGCCUGCCAUCGGUGCGGGGUCCAUGUAUUGCAAAGUGCUUUACUGCAGCUGCCUCGAUUGCUGGGGAGUCCGGAGGAGGAGGAGGAGGAGGAGGAUGAGGAUGGGAAGGAUGGUCCCAUGGAAACCCUGGAGGAGCUGGUCCUGGGACUGGCCGCUGAGGUGUGUGAUGAUUUUCUUUUCUACUGUGGAGACACACAUGGCAGCUUCGUGAUGAGAACUCUGCUGCAGGUGUUAGGAGGGACUAUUCUGGAGUCUGAGAGAGCCAGGCCCCGUGGUUCCCAAUUAUCUGAAGCACAAAGGGCCCCAACUCGGGAAUGUAAGCCAACUGAUUUUGAGGUCCCUGUAACCUUCUUGAAUCGUCUUCAGGACCUGAGCUCCUGCUUUUUGAAAGACAUUGCUGUGUUUAUCACUGAUAAGAUCUCCAGCUUCUGCCUUCAAGUGGCCUUACAGGUAUUACACCGCAAACUACCCCAGGUGUGUGCCCAUCUCUGCAGUGCUGUGAUUAGCUACCUGAGUACUCGCAAUUCCUUGGCAGAUGGCAGCCCCCUACUGCUAUUUCUGCGGGAUCAGACAAGCUCUAGGCUCCUGGAGCAGGUGCUGCUAGUAUUGGAGCCCCCAAGCCUCCAGAGCCUCUUUGAGGACCACUUGCAGGGGCAGCUCCAGACCUUGGCUACACAUCCCAUUGCCAACUUCCCUUUACAACGCUUACUGGAUGCAAUCACCACCCCUGAACUGCUAUCCCUUGUGUCUGAGGAACUGAGUCCUACUCUGGAAGCGGUACUGGCCCAGGGACACCCAGGGGUAGUCAUUGCCUUCGUGGGGGCCUGUCGCAGAGUUGGGUCCCACCAAGCCCAGGUUCUGCAGCUGUUGUUGGAGGCAUUUCACUGUGCAGAGCCCUCAUCCCGGCAAGUUGCCUGUGUGCCUCUCUUUGCCACUUUGAUGGCUUAUGAGGUGUACUAUGGACUGACAGAGGAGGAGGGGGCAGUGCCUGCAGAGCACCAGGUGGAAAUGGCUGCAGCCAGGACCCUGGGGGAGGUGACAGUCCUUGGAUCUCUACUGCUUCAGCAUUUGCUGCACUUCUCUACUCCUGGUCUUGUACUUCGAAGUCUGGGUGCCCUGACGGGACCACAACUUCUGACUCUUGCUCAAAGCCCUGCUGGCUCCCAUGUACUCGACGCCAUCUUGACUAGCCCUUCUGUGACGCGCAAGCAGCGCCGCCGUGUGCUACAGACCCUAAAGGGACAAUAUGUGGCUCUGGCCUGUAGUCGCCAUGGCAGCCGUGUGCUAGAUGCCAUCUGGAAUGGAGCGGCCUUGGGGGCCCGGAAGGAAAUUGCUGCUGAGCUGGGGGAGCGGAACCAGGAGCUGAUAAGAGACCCUUUUGGCCACCAUGUGGCUCGAAACAUGGCCCUAACCACCUUUCUGAAGCGGCGAGAGGCUUGGGAACAACAGCAGAGUGCAGUGGCCAAACGGAGGCGGGCAUUGAACUCUAUACUUGAAGACUGAGGCCUUUGUAUCUGGGACUGGGUGUUGAUGGGGGAGGUGAAAGUGAGGAUCCAUCCCAUCCCUCUCCUAGUUUAAAUUGGAGUCGGAAAUCUUACUGAUAAACAUUUUUGUAUUUUUA